AGCUAUAAUGGUCGGCACUCGAUCCUCCGCUCGGCUUGCUGCCGCGGCGAAUUCAAAACCAGAGACUCAAGGGAAAGAUGUGGGAGAGGCGGCUGCCGGCGACAAACGCAAGGCAGAGGCCGGAGUUGCGUCUAAGUCAAAGCGCGGCCGGAAGAAGUCCGGAGAGGCGGAGCAGAAGUCGAUUGAAGAGACAAUGCCGUUGAUCAGUACGGAAAGCCAGCCUCAGUCGAAGGACCGGACGGAAAAAGAGACGGACAUGAAGGACAAGGAGGAGACAAAGGUCGAAAGCCCCGAGGCAGGUGUAGAAAAGACCGAUAAAGCUGAAGACACAGCCAAGGAGGCAGUCACAGCUGAGAAUGAUGCCAAAGCAAACGGUACAGCAGAAGCAAGAGAGUCAAAGCCUGAGAAUGGAGCGAUUGAAGAGUCGGCGAUGCGAGAAGAAGAGGUACCGUCUAACGUUUUGGAAAAAGGUAUUAUUUACUUCUUCUUUAGAGGACGUGUCGGCAUCGACGACCCUAAAAACGUAAAUGACAUCGCCCGCAGCUACAUUGUGCUUCGUCCACUUCCCCAGGGUGCAAAACUGACUGAGGGGCCUCUGGAGGAUCUUGAAAACAAUCGCCUCCUUGCUCUUCCGAAGAAGGUCCUUCCGACAAGUCACCGUGACAGAUUCCUGACCUUUGUCGAAAAGGCGAAUACGACACUAAAGGAUCUUCGAGAGAAUUUCAUUGCAUCAUCUGAUUACGAGACAAAGACUGCAGGCACGCGACAUACACCGGCCGCUACUCCUGCGGCGGAGGGCGUCUACGCGAUUACAACAACUGGCCGCGAAUCUCAUCUUGCCUAUAUACUCACCAUUCCAUCUGAUGUUGAAAAGGUUCAAAAAGAUUUGGGCCUCCGCCAGAAGGGGAGCUUUAUCGCCAGUGUGCGAAAUCCCCAAUAUCCCAGUCCUCCGAACGCCCAACUCCCUCAAGCGCCUGAGUUUCCCAAGGAGGUCCUUGAAGAGUUUCGCAGCCUGCGCUGGGCGGGUCUUCAGCCAAAGUUCCUGAAUUACGCGAAUAGCCAGAUUUUGUUCAUCGGUGAAAGCCAAGGGGAGAUUGGCAAAGCGGGAGAAAAAGAACCAAAUGAAGAAGACAAGGACAAGGAAGCGCCCAUUGAAGAAAUGGAGAAGCUUGAAAACGAGGACGAGAUUCGAACCAAGCAUCUGAAGGGCGAUGAGUCCGUAUUUGUUGAUCUGGGCAUUAGUGCCAAAGAGUAUUCCGGUGUUCCCUCCUCGUGGGCAUAGGUCUCAUUUGUUUUUUGUGCUCUUCUGCAUUUGGGCAGCAUAGUUGAAGUCUAAAUUCUCAAAAAUUUCAUUUCGAUCAAUCACAUAUCAAGACAGGGAUGCGGAAGGGAAAUGGAGGAACAAUUCGGCGUCCUUAUAAGCAGGGGUUUAAAUUUGUUUCUUCUCCUUUGCGGGUAUCAAAACUCAGGUCUCAAAAGUAACAUGUCAAUAAAAUUCUGUGCUGGAGCGUCCAAAUAUGUCUACUCCGUAUGCCCGGC